AAUGAGCUUGUUACUACUUCUAUGAUAUUAUUUCACUUUUUAAAAAUUAAGGGUCAGAGACGACCUUUUUUUGUUUAUUUCUGUGUCCAAGCUGAGUAUUUAGAUACUUGUCAGGUAGUUGUUCAUUUUAAGUAGGAAAAAUGAUGCUAAAAAUGACAUAAGAAAAGGAUCGAUCCGGGCAUUGAUUAAUCGAGAUGCGAUCGGUAGAAUCGAUCAUGGCCGAUCUUUAAUUGGAUCUCUCUCAGGUCUAUAUUAUGGUUAUUGUUAAAGAGUAGAGGUCAAACCUCGCCAUCCUCGCCAACCUCGCUUGCCAUUGUUUCCUAUGGAGAGUUAUCUCUUCAUUAUUACUCUUUGGUUAUUUUGGUUUUUGUGGUGUUUUAUUACUACCCGUAGAUCUCAAAUGAGUUUAGAGGAAAUGCACUAUGGUUUGAAAAAAGUGAUUACAUCAGUCAUGACCAAUAGAGACUCAUGGCCUUUCAGGGAACCUAUUAAAGAAGCCAUCGCGCCAAUGUACUAUGAAAUCAUUCAAAAUCCAAUAGAUCUUUCUGCUAUUGAGAAGAAAAUUGAUGAUCAAGUUUACAGUGAUUUUCGUGAAGUGGAGGAAGAUUUCAAAUUAUUGGUCAAUAAUUGUGAAACUUACAAUGGCCCAAAGAAUGGUUACACUCUACUAUCCUAUGCUGUUUGGCGUGUUUUUAAACGAGCAACUAAACGAUUUCUCGACCUCGAUCUCAGUUUUGAUGAACAAGUUGCUUUUAUUUACCCUCCAAAGCCAAGAAAUUUAGCCACACAGGCAGCUAUUAAGGCUCGUCGUAAGCGCCGUAAACAUCGUAAACUUCGAGCUCUCGAUAUUCUUGCCAAAGCAGCAGAAGAAGCUGUCAAGUGUACAACACUGAGAGGUACAAGAUCUGAUGGAUCGGGUGAUAGUUCAUCUUCAUCAUCAUCAUCAUCAUCACCAUAUCAAGGUUCAAGAAGUGAAGGAGAGGGAAAAUUUGACGGUAAAAAAAUCUGCAUUUCCGUUGAAGCUCUUUCAGAUUGUGAUUCUAAUUCAAAUUUUCCAUGCCAUCUGACUCUUAAUUUAAACAUUGGGAUUGAUGAGGGAAAUUUAACUUUCAAGUCUCUCUCUGAAUGGAGUGAUUACAUUAGAUUACGCGGUGAUCCCGUCAAGUUACCUCAAGAAUCAGUUAUCUUACCUCAAACACCUUUAUCCAGGACAAGUGGUCAUCUCCAUUCUAAUGAAAUUAGACUUUUUAGAUCCCUUUGUUUAUCGGAGUUGAAGGAAAAAGAAACUCAAUCAUCAUCAAUAAAUCUCGACGAUCGUUUAAGCUGGCCAUUUAACUCUGAAAGUUCAUCCUCUAGUUCCAAUUGUUCUCCGCCUCAGAAUCAAGUGCACAAACCAAUUGUAAUUAAAUUAAGCCGAUGUAAUAGUGAUAAUGGAACAAUAUGGAAACCCGUCCAAGUCGAUAAUAAUCAUCUAAAUUCACCCGGUACCGAUAGUAAUAUGAAAAAUGUGAACGAACAAUCACCCUGUUCAUUGCCAAUGAAAAAGAUUCACCCCAGAAACUCAAUUGGUGAAGAAGGGUUAAACUGUUUACCCAAAAAACGUUUAGCCUUGGAUAAUGAUGUAUUUUGUCACAAUUACUUAAAUGGUUAUAAUACUCAGACAUCAUCCUCUGAUGAGUCCAACUCAUUACAUACAGACAAAUUGCUCAACUUUACAUCAACUCAAUUUAGCCAGUCCAAUAAAAUUAAUCACAAUCAUCGUCAUCAUCCCUGCCUAUCCGAAGAUUCCUCAAUGGAUUCAUCAUCAGAUUAAUUUUUUAUACUGAAUGUAAAUAUGGUCCUGACAAAUAGCACAGCCAAUUUAAUUAACUCAAUUGUGAUCAAGUCCUUUAUUUGCUCACCAUUAUUAUCCUGACUCAAAAGAUGCCACUUUUUCCCUUCAACUUGCUCUGGAAGUGGUCAACUCAUUUAAUGACCUCACUUAACUUACUGAUCUUAAGUCACCCAAGUCUGUGAUGUAUCUCGAUCAUUAAGUGUGUUUAAUUUUACAACCAGAUUUGAAUUCAGGAACAAAAGUAGAUAUACUUUUAUAUUUAUUGAUAGUGAAUCUUUCCUAAACUCUAAUUUUGUAUUUAAAGCAUGCUUAGCAUGCAUCUCAAAGUAUCAACCAAUAUCUUUAACAAUCAAAUAUGAAACCCAAAUCAAUAUAUUUUAGCAGCUAUCUAUUUAAGAUUUUUCAUUAUUCCGUCGAAACAAUUCAUGACUCACACUCUUUGAUGGAUAAUAAUCAGCUCUCACCAGCAUCAACAACAAUAACAGUUUUCAACCAAUUGCUGAAUCUGAGUCAUUGAUCUGACAAGAAAAUGAGAGACGAAUAUUGUUUUUGGUUAAGGUUUCUUAUAUUUACAAAUCAUGGAAAGCUAUCAUGGACAAAAUCAAGAUUGAUAUUGAAUCAAGCUCAGCCAACCUUUUGUUUUGUUUAUCAACGACUGCCUGGAAUAUAGUAAAACAUAAUCAACUUUAUCAAUCCAGUUUAUUACAUCAAGUUUUUUAAUUUUAUUUUGUAAAACCUGUUACAAAACGAACCAGCUCACCCCCUGCCAUUUAAUGUAAUCAAAUUUAUUUUAUACACUAUUUUUGUAUGAUCCAUUACAUGUAAUUUUAGUAUUGAUUUAUAUAAAAUAUCAUUGAAAAUGUGA